AUGGAAGGGAGCGGACCAACCGGCGAGUGUGCUGGGACGAGCGAUUGCAUGGAGCGAGCCCUCCUCGAUCUACGCACCGCGGAGGCCUACGAGAGCGCUCAUCUCAAGGGCAGCUCCUCGCUUCCCUGUUCCCUCCUCCUCGUGCGCAUGCACGAGAUCCCUCCGCGCGGGACUGAGGUGGGUUUGCUCGGCGAGGUGCGGGAGGAGGUGGCAGAGGCGCAGAAGGUCUUGGUGGACCGGGGCUACCUCGUGUCAGACGAGGCGUGCUUUGUCACCGACGAGCUCACGCUGCCGCCUCCGCCUCCGUCGUCUUCGUGCGGAUGCGACCACGGUCAUGCCGACCACCACCAAGACACGAACAAGAAGCGACCCGAGAGUCACGACCUGCUGUCGUCGCCGUGGGUCGAGACGGGCGCCUCGUCGGUGCGGCUGUGGAUCCCGUCCCCGCUUCUCAAUCGUGAGACCGAUCGCAUCGAGUCCCUCCUGGCGAGCACCUCAGCAGCACAGGGCGAGCGUGUAGGGCGAGCGCUGGACAUUGGCUGCGGCAGUGGACGCGAUGCCGUGUUCCUGGCGCUACGCGGAUGGGAGGUGCUGGGCGUGGAUUACCUGGACCACCAGAUCGAGAAGCUGCACGGGUUCGCGCAGCAGCACGGAGUGGCGGACCGCGUCAAGGGUGCGUGCAUGGACGUGGAGAAGAACAACGGCCAGGAGCUGCUCGAGGCCUACCCAGAGCACUUUGAUCUCGUGUCUGUCGCCCGAUUCCUGCACCGCCCACUGAUUCCCGACGUGCUGGCCAAGCUGACGAAGCCGGGCGGGAUGGUGGCCUACCACACGUUCAUGAAGGGCUCGGAGCAGUUCGGACGGCCGCGCAGCCCCAAGCACCUUUUACUGCCCGGCGAGCUGGCCGACAACUUCACCCGCAUCGGGUGGGAGGUCAUCGUCGACUCCACCGUUGCCAUCUCCGACGGCAGACCAUGCUCCUUCUUCAUCGCCCGAAAGCCCUCUUCUUGA